AUGAGCCAGGACAGCAAAGUGAAGACCACAGAGUCCAGCCCCUCUGCCCCAUCAAAAGCCAGGAAAACACUGCCUGUCCUGGACCCCUCUGGGGAUUACUACUACUGGUGGCUGAACACCAUGGUCUUCCCAGUAAUGUACAACCUCAUCAUCAUAGUGUGCAGAGCUUGCUUUCCCGACUUGCAGCAUGGCUAUCUUAUUGUCUGGUUUGUGCUGGACUACACAAGUGACCUGCUGUACCUACUGGAUAUCUUGGUGCGCUUCCACACCGGAUUCUUAGACCAGGGCAUCCUUGUGGAGGACAAAAGUAGGAUUGCGGGUCGCUAUGUGCGCACUUCGAGCUUCCUGUUGGACGUGGCUUCCCUCGUCCCCACCGACGCGGCCUAUGUGCGGCUGGGCCCGCACAUCCCCACACUGCGACUGAACCGCUUCCUGCGGGUGCCCCGUCUCUUCGAGGCCUUCGACCGCACUGAGACGCGCACGGCUUACCCAAACGCCUUCCGCAUCGCCAAGCUGAUGCUGUACAUCUUUGUGGUCAUCCACUGGAACAGCUGUCUCUACUUUGCCCUGUCCCGGUACCUGGGCUUCGGGCGCGAUGCAUGGGUGUACCCGGACCCCGCGCAGCCUGGCUUUGAGCGCCUGCGACGCCAGUACCUCUAUAGCUUUUACUUCUCCACCUUGAUCCUCACCACCGUGGGCGACACGCCACUGCCCGCGCGCGAAGAGGAGUACCUCUUCAUGGUGGGCGACUUCCUGCUGGCCGUCAUGGGGUUCGCCACCAUCAUGGGUAGCAUGAGCUCUGUCAUCUAUAACAUGAACACGGCCGAUGCGGCUUUCUACCCCGACCACGCGCUGGUGAAGAAGUACAUGAAGCUCCAUCAUGUGAACCGCAGGCUGGAGAGACGCGUGAUUGAUUGGUACCAGCACCUGCAGAUCAACAAGAAGAUGACCAAUGAAGUAGCCAUCUUACAACACUUGCCUGAGCGCCUAAGAGCAGAAGUGGCAGUGUCUGUACACCUGUCUACUCUGAGCCGGGUACAGAUCUUCCAGAACUGUGAGGCCAGCCUGCUGGAGGAGCUGGUUCUGAAACUGCAGCCCCAGACCUACUCACCAGGUGAAUAUGUAUGCCGCAAGGGAGACAUCGGACGAGAGAUGUACAUCAUCCGCGAAGGCCAGCUGGCUGUGGUGGCAGAUGACGGUGUCACACAGUAUGCUGUACUGGGUGCAGGGCUCUACUUUGGGGAGAUCAGCAUCAUCAACAUCAAAGGAAACAUGUCUGGGAACCGCCGUACAGCCAACAUCAAGAGCCUGGGUUAUUCAGACUUGUUCUGCCUGAGCAAGGAGGACCUGCGGGAGGUGCUGAGUGAGUAUCCACAAGCCCAGACUGUCAUGGAGGAAAAGGGCCGCGAGAUCCUGCUCAAAAUGAACAAAUUGGAUGUGAAUGCUGAGGCGGCUGAGAUUGCCCUACAGGAAGCCACUGAGUCCCGGCUGAAAGGUCUCGACCAGCAGCUUGAUGAUCUACAGACCAAGUUUGCUCGCCUCCUGGCUGAGCUGGAAUCCAGCGCACUCAAGAUUGCUUACCGCAUCGAAAGGCUGGAGUGGCAGACCCGAGAGUGGCCAAUGCCUGAGUAUGUGGUAGAGGCUGAUGAUGAAGGCGAGCCCGGGGAGGGAACUUCCAAGGAUGGAGAAAAACCCCUAGGCCCACAAUGA